GUCUCCUAAAAUGGGUCCUUCUCCUUCACAAACCUUAUCAGUUAUCACUACACAGCACACGCUCACUCACUCUCUCUCGUACUCCGUAAGCUAAAUAUUCAACCUAUGGCUAUUAAUCUUCUUCCUCUGCUUCAUUUGCUGCUGAUUCUGAUAUGUGCAGCGGCGGACCAUGAGCCUCCGAGCAGGAGCAGCAUCGUUUUCACUACACUCGGCAGAGGAGACUACGCCUUUGACGUCUUUACUCUUCCGACUGAGGGCCCGACAACCCCAACCAAUGAACUCCAAAUCACCGACGGUAAGUCCGUUAAUUUCAACGGUCACUUCCCGAAUUCACCGGCUCUCUCCUCCUUCAUCUCCAACCAGACACUAAUUCGACUCCGGGGCCCACAAAGUCCACCGCCACUCGAGCUCGUCUACGUCACGGAGAGGAACGGAUCGUCGAAGAUCUACUACGACGCCCUUUACUACGAUGCUCCGGGAAGCACCAGAUCGAGGUCCGCCCUUGAGAUUCCGUCGCGCGUUCAAGUGUCCUUGUUGGGUGCUGUUAAUGAUCAGAAGGGCAAGAUUGGAGUUUCGAUGAAAGAUAAACCUAGUGUGGUCGGGGAUUCUCUAAUUUACGUGUCGAAUCACGAGGACCCAGGUGUGCCAAGAGCGAGUUGGGCGGCGGUGUACUCGACCGAGUUGACUACGGGGUUAACCCGCCGGCUCACUCCAUUUGGGAUUGCGGAUUUUAGCCCUGCGGUUUCGCCGACUGGGAUUUGGACUGCUGUUGCGUCGUAUGGUGAGAGAGGGUGGACCGGUGAAGUGGAGGAAUUGAGUACUGAUAUUUACAUAUUUCUGACACGAGACGGGACUCACCGAGUCAAGGUGGUGGAGCACGGCGGGUGGCCGAGUUGGGUUGAUGAUUCGACUCUGUACUUUCACAGAAGAAGUGAAGAAGAUAAGUGGAUCAGUGUUUACAGGGCAAUUUUACCAAGUCAUGGUCCAGUUACGAUUGAUUCAGUUACUGUCGAGCGAGUCACUCCACCGGGAGUCCACGCGUUCACUCCGGCUACCGCACCAGGUAACAAGAACUUCAUCGCUGUUGCUACGAGAAGACCCACUUCAAAUUUUCGUCACAUAGAACUAUAUGACCUUGUUAAGAAGCAAUUCAAGGAGCUGACCAGGCCCGUAUCGCCAGAAACUCACCACUUCAAUCCGUUUAUCUCGCCUGACUCAACCCGUGUUGGGUACCACAAGUGCCGAGGUAACAGUAUUGGAAGAAAAGGCCCUCUGUUUCUGGAGAACGUACGAAGCCCAGAACCCGCACUGUCUCUCUUCAGAAUAGAAGGUUCCUUUCCUUCUUUCUCGCCGAAAGGCGAUCGUGUUGCCUACGUUAAUUUUCCGGGGGUUUAUGUUGCUAACCGGGACGGUUCUAACCAGCGCCAGGUCUAUCCAGAAAUUGCUUUUUCGACCGCCUGGGACCGGAUUCGUGAAGGAGUUGUGUACACGAGUACCGGUCCGACUUUCGCCACUGAGAGCACAGAAGUCGAUGUAAUUUCCAUCAACGUCGAUGAUGGCAACUACAAAAAAUUAACCACGAACGGCGAAAACAAUGCAUUUCCGUCACCGUCCCCCGAUGGUAAGUGGGUGGUUUUCAGGUCAGGCAGGUCGGGUCACAAGAACCUGUAUAUCAUGGAUGCUGUGAACGGAGAAAGUGUUAGUCUCAGUCGACUAACAAAAGGUCCCUGGACAGACACAAUGUGUAGCUGGUCACCGGACGGCGAUUUGAUUGCCUUCGCAUCCGACCGGGAGAAUCCAGGUUCUGGGAGUUUCGAAUUGUAUUUGAUCCACCCGAACGGGACCGGGUUGAGGAAGUUGAUUCAAAGCGGGUCAGCAGGUCGGACGAACCACCCGUGUUUUAGUCCGGAUGGGAAGACUCUAGUAUUUACUUCCGACUACGGCGGCAUAUCAGCGGAGCCAAUCUCGAAUCCACACCAUUAUCAACCUUACGGCGAAAUCUUUACGAUUAAGUUGGACGGUUCAGAUUUGACGAGAUUGACUUACAAUUCGUAUGAAGAUGGUACACCCACCUGGAGUCCCCUGUAUAUUAAGCCGGUGGAUGUGGAGCCGCCAAAUGAUGAUGGACCAGUUUGUAACUUUGAAGACUGCCACUGGCUCAAUCAAAUGCCAAACCCGGCUGCACACUUGGUCUCCACCAAAGCCCAAUGUGGUGCAUGAUCUCUGCUCCAGAGCACCAGCAUUAUCCAAUGGAGAUAGUAUGUAUCAUGUCUGUAAAUUUUGAUAUGAAGGAAAUAAUGUAAUUCAUGGUUUUUAAAAUCGUACCCUGUAUUAAAUCGUGUAGACGGUAGGUUCAAGAUUUUCGAGUUACAAUCGUGUAAAUUUUGAUACGGAAAUAAUGUAAUUCACACUACCUACUGGUAUGAGUAUUCUAAGUUGUUACACU